AGUCGUAUAUAUAGAGCACACUUCACUUCAAUGAUCAUAAGUAUUUUUCCACUUUCAAUCGAAAAUGGUCUUGAAAAUAUUCGUACCAUUGUUGACGGUGUUUUUAACAACUCAACUGGUUGCAUCUGCAUACAUUCCAUUCUUGUAUCCUGAAAACAUCGGAGCGAAGACAACAAUAGUCAGUUCUGACAAUGAAGGAAAUUUGGUUCUGAAAAGCUUUAGCGGAAUCGAUUCCAAACUUCCACAUUACGACAGUCCGCAGGAAUACAUCGAGAAGCACAACGGCUCCACGAUCUAUAAGGUUUUUCAAGAUGACACUCCUGCAGCAAGAACUGACUAUCUCGAAAUUCCUGGAAAUUUUACUCUUCGAGCUGACAAAUUGGCAGGAAGAGCAACAGCGACUGGUCCAGCCGUCAUCGAGGUUGUAAUUGUGGUAGACAAAGCAUUCGGCGAUGUGUUCCAACAAAAUUAUCAACGAGUUGUGGACUACCUAACCAUUUACUUCUGGGACGUCAACAUUAGAUACAAAACGCUAUGGAGCGUUGACCUAUCCUUUCGAGUCAAUGGUCUACUUAUAAUGGCUUCGACAGGUGCUCAGCCAUUCAUUGAGAACGCUAAAGCAAGCGACGGACGAACCGAACAUGGUAGAACUUUGAAUUUAUUUAAAAAUUGGAUAUAUCAACAGAGGUCUUGGUUGGUACGCCAUGAUAUGGCUGUUCUGAUCACAAACGCUAAUACCGAAUGGGGUGGUGGUCUGGCUUGGGGAGGAGGAGCAUGCUCAGUAGAUACAAACAGUGGAACAGAUUGGGGAACAGUUGUUUGGAAUGAUAACGGUGGUUUUGGUAGUGUUACAGUGGGUGCACAUGAGAUGGCACAUAAUGUUGGAGCUCCUCAUGACGAUGAUCCAAAUGCUAAUUGUCCAGGGCCGUAUGGUUUUAUUAUGAGUGGCGGUAAUGAUGACCGACGAUACUUUUUCCAAAGAUGCAGUGACGCUGCCAUCAGUUCGUUCGUCAAUUCGGAUAAAGGAGCAUGUCUGCGCCGCUUCGACGGCUAUGAGACUACUCCAAUGGACAGAUCGUUUUCGUCGCCGAAAGCAGGAACCAUGCAAGACAUGUGUAGAACAGCUCUGAACAAUCCGAACGCCUGGAUCGAUACGGCCGACACAUUCAAUUGUAAAAAUAUGGUCUGUAGACGUCGUGACGAUUCGAAUCCGAAUGUAGUGUGGAUGCAUUCGGUUAGCCCGAUCGAUAACAUUCAAUGUGGCAAUGGUGGUCGAUGCUUCCGCGGAAAAUGUCGACCGGACAGCAAAUUGUUGCGGAACGAGGGCAGUGGCUUCUGCUUGAACUCAAACAGUCGAUUCGGUUUUACUGUGCAAGCUCAAAUGUUUGCGUGCCCGUCAGCAAAAGACCGAACACCACUCGAUACACUGGAAAUUGUAAAUGUUCCCAACGGAAAAUUGCUGGCUUCACCAUUUCUGAAUGAUGAGAACAAAGAGUCGGGUGAUAGGUGCUUCUACACAGGUUCGGCCGAUGGUGGCGCUUUGUGGACGGACAGAUGCAGCACAGACAAUCCGUGGCAUGUUUGGGAAUUUAGAACGAUUAAUGGCAAUCAAAAUCGCUUCCAGUUGGUGCACAAGCAGACUGGUAGAUGCGUAAGGCCGGUAUCGAACGCUAGCAACUCUAAUUUGCAAUCUCUGUCGAGCUGUUCUACUGACAGUUUCAUGGUUUGGAGUUGGGUGGAUGGAGUAUAAAAUUGAUAUGCGUGUACUAACGUGUAAACUGAACUUUGGUCAUUCAAACACUGCAUUGAUAAAUAAUAAAAUUUAAAUUCAGCAUAACAA